CUUAAUUUCUUUGUUUAGACAAACUUGCAACAUACAAAAAUAAAAUGGAUUCUUAUUCAUAUGUAGCUAUUUCUUCUUCUAAUUCUUUUUCCACAUAUCCACAACCAGAACAAAAGAAAAAUAAAAAACUAGCCUCAUAUCAUUCCUCACUUCAUGGAGUUAAAAGACUUCCAACAAAACCAAUGACUAAACUACCAAUUGCACCUUUGCCACCAACACCUCCAAAAAUCUAUAGAGUUGAACCUGUUAAUUUCAAGGAAGUUGUCCAAAUGCUCACUAGAUCUCCCGAGUUUCAAUCCGUCUCUAAUAAUUCUAUCUGUAGUUUUGACUCUGAUUCUGGCUCUGGCUCUGACUCUGUCUCUGGUUCUUUCAAUUCGAAGCGUUUACAAAAUAUCGCUCCUCCUCCACUUGAUCUCUCACCUGUUUCGUUACAAAGAAGUAACAACAACAAUAAUAAUAAAAUUGAUGCACAAUGGUUCGAGUUCCUUCAUCCUUCUUCUUCCUCUAACAACCAAUUAGUUGAAUCAAUCGAGUGCAUUGAUUCAACGACGUAUGAAGAACAAGAAAGAUCACAUGUAACGCCUCGAAUCCCAUUAGAAAAUUAUUUUGGAUCAUGUAGUCCAUUGGCUAAUUUUCCUCUAUCGCCGGCUUCUUUUGAAUGGUGUUCUUCUAUUCUUCUCAGCCCUAGCACGCUUACUUCACCAAGCGCGGUUCAAAUCAUAUGAGUGUUUGUAACUUAUUAUUAUAAUCCUCAUGGUUUAAAAAAUGAGGACUACUACCUUAUCCAUCAUUUUUAUUGUUAUCUAUUGUUUCUUUUGCUUCGAGUAUCGGAUUAUUUUUGUCGCUAUUGCUCUCUUCUACUUUGA